AUGGCUGUGACCGCGCUGGAGAAGGGAAAAGGACGCGCACGUCCGGAGGACCUCGAAGCGGACGAGAUUGAGCAGACUUCAGCGGCGAGCGCAUCUUCCGCAGACUCAGACUCUUCGGGCUCGGACUCGGACUCGGACAGCGACUCCCCGGACGACUUUUCCUCCUCUGGUUCAGAUUCAAAUUCUGAAGACGAUGUGGCGCCAGAGUUUCUCGAGUCACUACUAACACAAGCACGGCAGAACGUGCGAGCAAAGGCGAAGCAGCUCGCAGGCGGAGGAGGGGAGGAGGAGUUCAUCCAACUUGGCGGCGACGAGGGGGACAAUGACACGACAGCUAAGCCGCUCCCGCCGCUAGACACCGGCUCGCUGCCCGCGCCCUACAUUACACUCCCGGAAACCCGCGGGGCGGUCCCCUCGAAGCUCCGCGACCCAGACGUGGAGCACGUCCAGAAAGUCGCGUCGUCAAUACAGGUCCCCGCCGCCCCCGCGCCUCCAGAGCUGACGAAGGACGGCAAGAAGCUCACUAAGAAGGAGAGGAAGCAGGUUCUCCCUAAGCCCAUUGGCUUCGACCCACAGAUGAAGAACAAAACCGCAGGGCCGGCAUGGUUCGACCUCCCCGCACCCGCCGAAGCGGACCUUCCGCGCCUGUACCGCGAGGUCGAGGCCCUACGCCUGCACAAACAGCUCGACCCCAAGCAGUUCUACCGCAAGGAGCCGGGAGAGGGCAAAGGCAUCAAGGGCCUGCCCAAGCACUUCGCGAUUGGCAGGAUCCUGCCGACGGACACGCCCUUCGGCGGCGCGAGCGCGGACAACCUUCCCCGCACCGCCCGGAAGCGCACGCUGGUGGACGAGCUCGUCGACGACGCGGAGGCGAAGAGCUACGCCAAAAAGAAGUUUAAAGAGCUCCAGACCGUGCGCGGCGCGAAGGGCAGGGGGACGCUCGCGGCCAAGAAGGCGCUCCGGAAGCCGAAGUGGUGA